AUGCACUAUUACCGGUAUUCUUCUGCUGAAGUCAGCUGUUGGUACAAAUACCUGCUUUUCAGCUACAACAUAAUCUUCUGGGUAAGUAUCCAGUCUUCUUUCUUUUCUAUUUUUGUAGAGAAGGGUCAUCUUGCCAAAUCUGCCAUGUUUUGAAUGCUCAGGUGCUGUGUACCUCAGAUUGGAUAGAUUUCAUGUUGACAUCAAAUGCAUUGACCAUGGGAUGGAGCAAGGUAUGACAAACUGAGAAAUAGCAUAUGGGUGACUUCAGCUGUCUUCUCCCUACAAGCCUUAGUUUUUUGGAUUUUUAGAACCUGAUAGCUGGUGUUGCAACUUUGUUGAAGUCUUACAAAUCCAAACGAGGUUUUCCCCACCAUUUAAUCUCCAGAUUUGGAAACAUUUCACUUGCUUGGUUUUUAUAUUGAGCUGUUGUUUUCAAAACACAGGGGAAGAGACAAAACAGCAGCAAAAUAGCAACCUGGAGUAACCAGAAAGAGAGACCCCCUCUUGCUCACACAUGCUGUAUAGAGCAGCACUGUGAUGCCAUUUGAACAGUGCCUCUCUUAACAAUGUAUACAUGUGGGUAACCUGGAAUCUUUCAGUUUCUUGGUUCCUCCUUCGAAAAAGGUCACCCCGUAAACCUUCGUUCGUUAUGAACAUCUUGCUGUCUGCCAGGAACAUCAUCUUGUCUGCACUGAUAUAUUUCUGUUCCCUUGAAGCUUGAACCCUAACAGAGUUUGGUUGGGAGCUUCUAACCCACUUGGUAGACGUUGACCAGCCACUAACACAUUCCCUAGACAGAUUCUGGCAUGUUGAUCCUAAAGAAAUGAGGGCUGGAAGCUCCUAUCCAGCCUCUGGGCACAAGGAAAUGUUGUUUGAAAGCUUCUCAAUGCAGUUAAGGUGAUUCUACCACAACAACAUAACCACUGUCUUCCUAGAGGUGGGCAUGAUGUGGUUAAAUUGGCCUCCAAACUUACCUUUUGGAGUGGCACGGUCUUCUUUUUCUCCCUCCCUCCACCACCAAAGGGAUUUGAUUUAAUUUUUUAUUUCAUUUCACUUACGAAAUGCUCCCCAAUGAAAGUGGGUAACUAUAAAAGCAGCAGCAAUGCAAACACAGUUUUUAGCCAUGUACGGGGCUUGCCAUGAGCUUGAAAACCGCUCUGAUUUUGCAGUCCCAAACAGGCAGCAAAGCCAGGGAAUUUUAUCAACUAAUGGCCGGUCACAAGCUGCACAGAUCUGACUUAGGAAGUCCAGCUUUCUACUCUCUGCAAAUAUCACUUUGAGCAAAGCCCAGCCAAGUACAACUUCGUGAACGUAUUCUGGGUUUUUUUUACCAUUUCAUUUUCUGAGCACAGCAAGACUUGGUCCUGUGGACAUUAACUUGAUUCCCAUAACAGUUCAACUAUUUAUGGCAUUGUAACCAGUUCUUUGAUCCAUUAAAGGAUAUCUUUUCUGUUGCCCUUUAACCGUACAAUAAUGGAAUCCGGAAGCCCAGCUUCCUAGUAACUACCUUUUGUUUACCAACAGAAACAAGUAACACUGCAACAAAUCUUCUGAACAAAGGCUGUUUAAGCCUCUGCAAGUAUGUGCGUGUAAUAUAAAUGUGGAAAAGUCCACUGCCGAGAGUAGAGUUUUUAUUCUGUUUGAGGGAUUUGGGGCGAGGUGGGUUGAAGGAGGGGGGUUGGGGUGCAGAUUCCAAUUUGGGGGGAAAGAUGCAGUUUUCUCGCCCCCAACCCUCUUUCAGUUUCAGAGUGAACAAUGCACCUGUUCAUAUGAUACUUCAAGGGCCCAAUCCUGCUCUUUAAAUGAAGCCUGAUGCUGCCUCCACCAUCCAUGCAGUUGUAUCUAUGCCUGUACAGCCCCUAUAUGUAGCCAAAAUCACAUGGUUGAUUCCCAGAUUUUGAUAUGGGGAAUUAGCCCCAUAAUGUUGGCCUCCAUGGUAUGGUUCCAUGUACGUAGGCCACAUUGGGACAUAUCCAUUUGCCUGGGUGGUGGAGGUGAGGCUGGCAAACCAACUCCACACUUGGAUAGUAGUAGUAGUAGUAGUAGUAGUAGUAGUAAUACUAAUAAUUAAUUAAUUAAUUAAUUAUACCCCACCCAUCUGGCUGGGUUUCUCCAGCCACUCUGGGCGACUUCCAACAAAAUAUUAAAAACACAAUAAAACAUCAAACAUUAAAAACUUCAAACCUAUGGAGUAUUGUCCAAACCAGUGCUGAUUAGUGUUAUUAUUAACCUGAGAACUGUAUACACCCUGGGGUGUAUAUGCUAGAGUGUCGCCACCCACAGUCUCUCUCUCACACGCACCCAUACAUGUGUUUAUACACAAACUUCCCUCACUGCCCAGUUCUGUGUCUAUGGUCCCCCUCCCAUUUUUCUGCCACCAUCAAAAUUGGAGAAGAUUUACAGAGGGAGAGGGGGGCAGAAGAAUGGCUUGAUGGGCUGGAUCAGGCGGCUGGGGUUUAGCCACUACUGUUUGAGAAAUAAGAAUGAGAACAAAAAGCUUCUGUGAAUUGCACACCCACACCAAAAGCUCGGCCCUCUGGCUAGUCUUUUUAUAUCAGAUUUGAAAAUCUGUGAGCUGAGCUGUUUGUGUGAGUUAAAAGAGUUUCCUCUCUGUGUGAGUUCCCCUCACCUUCUUUUGCUACUUACUCAUCAGCCUUUGUGAAGUUCUAAUGCAUGCAUUCACCAAGAGAGGGGGUCUCCUGGCUUAAUGCAAACAGAUGUGUUUUGUGUUUACUUUUCCCUUUUCCCUUUCAUCCUUAUCAAAGAUACCACACUUGUCAGCCAUUUCCUGCUGUGCUUCUGGUUUUUAGGUUGCGAUAAAGCAAGGUAGCAUUGUAUGCAGAGACCAUGGAUAUAGUUCUGGCUUUCAGAAAGGUUUAGGACACAGUUGUGUCAAUUGUCCUUUGUAAAAAAUAAUAAUAAUCAAAGAUCUGGAAAGGAAAAUACGAAAUCCUAAAGCAUGCUAGGAAAUUAACUUCUGCUUUAAAAAGUUCAUGUCACAAUGCAUGUGGUGUUUUUUUGAGGCGUUGAAUUUUCCAGCUUUCAGAUUCCCAAAAUGAGGAGCGCUAAAAGGGGUUGUAACAUAACUUGGAAAUUGAAGAUAUAUUUGGGUUAAAUCAAUAUAAUUUAGUAUUGCCUGGGAAGUAAAAUGUUUGUAAACUUGCGUAGAAAAAAUGAUUUUCAAGUACUUGUGUUUAUAUUUUAUAGUAUUACUAAUUUUAUUUAGCAUUACCUGACAUUUUCAGAAGGUAAAAAUAAAAAUUCCCCGAAAGCAGUUUAUGUGCUUCUUCAUUAAAAACAGACUUAGCAAGCUAAAUGUUGUCCAGUCACAAAAGUAAUAGCAGAUUUGAAUUACUCACACGCCAAAAUUAAAGACCCCCUCAUUGAAAAAAUUGAGUCCAGGAGUCAGCCAACUUUUUCAGCAGGGGGCCGGUCUACUGUCCCUCAGACCUUGGGGGGGGGGCGACAAACUAUAUUUUUUUGGGGGGGAAUGAAUGAAUUCCUAUGCCCCACAAAUAACCCAGAGAUGCAUUUUAAAUAAACUCACAUAUUCUACUCAAGUAAAAACACCAGGCAGGCCCCACAAAUAACCCAGAGAUGCAUUUUAAAUAAAAGGACACAUUCUACUCAUGUAAAAACACACUGAUUCCCGGAUCGUCCGCGGGCUGGAUUUAGAAAGCGAUUGGGCCGGAUCCGGCCCCCGGGCCUUAGUUUGCCUACCCAUGGUUUAACCCCUAAAAUGACACGCCCCACAGGAUAGUUGGCUGGUUUAAUCUAAAGAGAACUGACAGAAUACCCCUGGAAAAUGUAACUAGAUUGGAUACAGAGGCUUGCAUAUACUCUUUAUCAAGCUUGGGAGGUUUAAGGGGUUGGUGUUCAGCUGAACUCUCACAAAAGGCCUGUUGGUUAUCUGUGGACAGAGGAGAUCUGAAGAUGCUGCAAUGGUGGGGUCUGGGGGCUGCACUCCUUUUUUUUGGUGUGUGUUUUGGGUGUGCAUAUUGUGCUCGGUGCAGGAUCCGUAUCAGCGAGGGCCAGGCAGUGUUAGAAGUUUGCCACAAAAUUAUAGAAAAGUAAUCAGCUUUUAGAAGUUUUGGGUAGCUGUUUGGGCUUCCUCCUUGCAACACCAAGCCAUUGGAUUCCAACAUGAACGUGGAACGUGAUGUAUUAAGAAGGUGGAGGGUGCAGAGAGAAUUCUCAAGAAUUCAGAAGCUGCAACAGGAAUCCCUGAGAAUUCUCUCUGCUUGUUUGUCAGUGCUCACCUUGGCUUCCAGGGUCAGUUUUAAAAUCCAGCAGCGGGUCUGUAUUCCCAUAGAGAGCGGAAGUUGAAACAGCUGUCUAAAUCUUAGUAAGCUUCCCUCUGUUUUUACAGGUGCUGUUGAAGCUAGAUCGUAGAUGCACAUUCUGCUGUGUAAAUGGAGAUGACUGUGGUGCUUCUGCCCAUGAGAAAUAUUUUUUCAUAAUAAAAAGUACCCGCAUCAGUUUUGUAGCUAUUUUUCACCCUUUUUCUGGCCUUGAGGUCUUGCGAAGUGUACUGGGGUGAGGUUAAGGCCUGCAAUAUCCACGCAUCAAUGUGGUGAUGGUUUAUGGCAGCAGAGAGGACAAUGUGUCCAUGGCUCGUAGUUCUAAUGCGGUAGUUCUCUCUUUUUCCCCUCCAGGCCACACUUUCAGAAGAAAAAUCUCCUCACGUCACACCAUUUUUUUUAAUUAAUAAGAAAUACAUUGGGGGAAAACAAGCAAACAAACAAACCACCUCACCGUGCUUGAUUUAUAAAAUGGAGCACAAAUACUUUAUAUUAUGAUCACGGGACACCCAGAAAGUAUAAAACAAGGCAGCUACAUAGGAAUGUGAAUCGUUCCCAAAAUAGAAUUAUAAACUAGCCGCUUACAUAUGUACUGAUAUAAGUAAAAAAAACUGCCUCUUUUCCCUUUUGGGGUAUCCAAGAGCCCAUAUAGAUUCCUUUUGUAGGUUCUCUAUUGGUAGGGGAAAAUAAGAGACCAAUCAGAGAAUAUUGAGAAGCAAAGCAGCUAGUAAGCCUUAUUAACUGUUGCAACAGGGUGCUCACCCCCUCCCCCGCCACGCAGGAGGGAGGAGGAACCCAGAAGAAUGGUGUGCAAGCCCUUAUAUAGACUUUUGAACUUGCCACCCUAUAGCUCAAGACCACCCCCCAAUACAUCAAACAUACAUCAAACAAGGGAUGUAGCCCAAGACCACCCCACAGAUAACAUCAUACCUACAUCACAGAAAAGGUGGUCUACAACAGAAAUCUGAGUGCCUUGUUUUUACCCUGUCUGCCAGGUUUCCUGUUAAUGGUCACUUGACUAGAUUACCUGGGGAGCCUGGCCAUUCUGUUGUAAUGAUAAUACUUAAUUCCUGAGCCAGGUCACAGGCUCACCCUAUUCACACCUUAAAUGUGCCCUUAAGGCAGGAUUUGUGAGGACAGAGACAAUGGGGAGGUUUCUGCAUUUCCUUCGACCUUGUGGAGAAAUAUUUGAGGUAACUGAGAGACAAAAUGGCUUUAGGACUUUUCCUGUGGGUUUUGGAUGUGGUUUAUAUAUUUAUAUAUGUGUUUGCUUGGUACAUUUAUGAAGAUUUUUUUUAUAUAUAUAAGACCUAAAAAUUCUUCUAACAGUACCUUACGUAUGUAUAUAACCUCAAUGAGAGGUGUGAGCCUGCUUUGGCCGGGUAAUCUCAUUUAUAUGGUGAGAUUGUCCUCAGUAUUGUUGUAAAUAAAAAUAUGCCCUUUUCCCUUAUGGGGUAUCCAAGAGCCCAUAUAGAGUCCUUACAUAGGUUCCCUAUUGGUAGGAGAAAAUAACAGAGGCCAACCAGAGAAUAUUGAGAAGCAAAGCAGCUAGUAAGCUUGAUCUUUAUUAAUGUGUUGCAACAGGGUGCUCCCCUCACACGCAGGAGAGGAAGAGGACCCACAAAAAUGCUGUGCAAGGGCUUAUAAAGACUUUUGAAAUUCCCAUCCUCUAGAUCAAGACCACCCCCAGAAACAUUAUGCAUUCAUCACAGAAGGGGUGUAACCGAAGACCGCCCCUCAGAUAAGGCGGUCUAAAACAGAACAUUUGCAUGUUGUUUUCUCCUGUCGCUUUGUUUAUUUCCUGUCUGGCAGGUCACUUGAUUGGAUUUCUUGGGGAGCCUUGGCAGUCUUUUGUAAUGAUAAGGCUCACACCCUUAUUCAAACACAGAUUAAGACAGGAUUUGUGAAGGAAGAGACAAUGGGGAGGCUUUUCCAUUUUUACCAUGCAGAGAAACAUUUGCUCAGUUUAGGAAUCAAAAUGGUUCCAGGUUGGCUUUCCUGUGCUGAUCUAUGUACGUGUGGUUAUGAACGUUGCCAUAUAUCUAAAGCCAUAAAAUUCCUAUCACAGUAUCUAAUUUUGAAAAGGUAUCCAAAUUCAGCAAACAAAAAAAUUGGACUUGUUACUAUAGUAUACUGUCUAAUACGACAGCAAAGUGUUCAAAUGCUCAGUUGCCCUUGAAUCUUCCCACCACCCUUGCCAUCCGCUCCUGCCACACCAGUAUGGUGCGCCACAACCUUUGAGAACCACUGCUCUAAUAGGUGAGCUCCAUGCAUUCGUGCAUGGGUUUCUUUAAGGGUGUCGUAAUAAUAAUAAUAAUAAUAAUAAUAAUAAUAAUAAUAAUAAUAAUAAUGUAUUUAUACCCCACCCUUCCCGGUUCCAAAACCGGGUUCAGAGCAGCUAACAACAAAUUUAAAACACUUAAUUAUAAAAGCAGCAUAAAAUACAGUAUAAAAACAUGAAUAACAAUAAAAUUCAAAAUUCAAAAAUCAAUUUAGGGGAAAUAAGCAUUAGAUAAUCCCCAGGGCUAGCUGGCUGAAUUGGUCCUACUUGGGCCAGCGAGGAGGCCAGGGGAGAAUUAGCUGUGGGGUCUCAGAGCGGGUGAUCUUCAUAAAAGGGGAGGGGGAGGGAAGAGAAGAGAAGGGAAGGGAAAUAAAAGAUCAGGCUGAAUUCAAAUUAAAGGCCAGGCAGAAUAGCUCUGUCUUACAGGCCCGAUGGAAGGAGGUUCAAUCCUGAAGGGCCCUAGCCUCAUGGGACAGAGCAUUCCACCAGGUAGGAGCCAUUACUGAAAAUGCCCUGGCCGUGGUGUGGGAUAGUCUGACUUCCUUAGGGCCCGGGACCUCUAAACUAUGGUUAUUCAUGGACCUUAAGGUCCUCCGUGGGGCAUACCAGGAGAGGCAGUCCUGUAGAUACGAGGGCCCUAAACCACAAAGGGCUUUAAAGGUCAAGACCAGCACCUUGAAGCUGACCCUAUACUCCAACGGGAGCCAGUGCAACUGGUAAAGCACUGGGUGAAUAUGCUCCCAGGGCAGGGACCCCGUGAGGAGCCUCGCUGCAGCAUUCUGCACCUGCUGGAGUUUGUGAGACAGUUUCAAGUAUCUUCUGUGACCCGAAUAAUGUUACAGUGGACCAUCCGGAUACGAAUUUAAUUCGUUCCGGGGGUCCGUCCGCGACCCGAAAAGGCCUCAACAAGAGGUGCCGCUUCUGCACAUGCACGUGGGGUGAAACCCAGAAGUAUACAGAGCCAGUGUGGUGUAGUGGUUAAAAGCAAUAGUCACAUAAUCUGGGGAACCGUGUUCGCGUCUCCGCUCCUCCACAUGCAGCUGCUGGGUGACCUUGGGCCAGUCACACUUCUUUGAAGUCUCUCAGCCCCACUCACCUCACAGAGUGUUUGUUGUGGGGGAGGAAGGGAAAGGAGAAUGUUAGCCACUUUGAGACUCCUGAAGGGGAGUGAAAGGCAGGAUAUCAAAUCCAAACAACUCCUCCUCCUCCUCCUCCUCCUCCUCCUCCUCCUCCUCCUCUUCUUCUUCUUCUGCUGCUGCUGCUGCUGCUGCGUUCACAACCCAAAAGUUACGUUACCCGAAGGUAGCGUAACCCAAGGUAGCACUGUACUUCAGAAUGAAAGAAGAGCCCUGCAGGAUCAGACCAAAGGACCAUCUAUUCUGGCAUCCUGUUUCCCACCAGAUUGUCUAUUAAUGGGAAGACCACAAGCAGGACAUGAAGACAAUAGCCCUCUCCUCCUGUUAUUCCCCAGAGGCUGGUAUUCAGAGAUAUGCAGUCUGUGAUCCUGGAGGUAGCUUUUAACUUUCCUGACUAGUAGCCAUUGACAGCCUUGUUUUCUUAUGGCCCAGUCUUGGGGCCCAGUCAUACAUUUCAGUUCCACAAUGGGACUUCAGUUGCACUGGAAUAUUGCACCCUGUUUUCCACCUCGAGCUUUUGAGAUCACUAGAGCAUUUUUUCCUCUGAAAAAACGUUUGAAUGGCUCUCACUUUGGCCUCAUGCUGUGCAGCAGUAAAUAAGCUGAACUGGCACCCAGCUGGUUUGCUUGUUGGGAGCUCAAAAAUAAACAACCUUUGCUUGGGGGCAGGGGGGUAAAACGCAUACUUGUGUGGCGGAAAUUGCGAUGAAAUCUAUAGCUGCUUUUGCCGGAGGGGAAGCAAAACUGAUCAGACCUAGCACACUGUGUAAACGAGUUCGGAAAUUCAUUACAAAGAUAACAGUUGCCUCUCGCUCACUCAUGACUUCCUUCCUGUUUCAUCACCUUCUCAGCUUCAUCUUCUCUGUAGAAAUGCUCCUGUUUAGGCUGUUGACCGAUUCGGCAUAUCGGUUCCAGAGACCACUCUCUUGUGUGUUGCGGUUUUAAUAUCACUACAGAUGGGUGAUUUAUUUCCCCCCUACCUUCUCUAGACUGGAAAGUGGGACAGGGCAGUUAGCACAAUUCCAUCUUUGUGCAUCUGGAGAUUCAGCGUAUCAUAUAUGUGUAGGGGGGAAACUGGGCUCAGAUUAUGCUAAUUCCCUCCUCUAUGGGGGUCUUUCUGUUCAGGCUUACAGCCUCUGCUAUAUUGUCAGCUGACAUACAGAGUCCUCGUUCCACAUGGAUUUUGAGUUUGUUUGGUGGUGGUAGUUUUUAAAGCCACAGUUUCCCCCGCAUAAUCUCAUUACGUGGUAAUUUUGGCUCUGUCUGGCUUCCUCAUUUUUCCACCCCCCAGGCAGGGGACUCAUUUUGAAAAGAGGGAGACUGCUAACAUCAACACUGGUCAGGAAUGAAGGUGCUGUAGCCCCUCUGAUAAUUUUCAUAGUUUUCCUCUCUUUUUUGGCACCUUCUAUUUUGGGGGAGACUCAAUGCAAAACAUAUGCCACAUUCAGCUGUACCAUAGAUUUAUAUCAACUGUCUACCUCACCAUGUCUUCCCCAGAUAGUCGCAGUCAAUUCAGACCUCAUUAUGUGGUUAGGGUUCCUUGGGCAAUAUCCCAGACUCUACGCUUGCCUUGAGGCUUUCCACACCUGAAAAACAGCAGCAGUUGUAAAACUCACCCGAAGUGAAAUUUCAACGCACCUGUGUGGCAGAUGUCCUGUACCUGGUGUUUCAUGAUGUUGUCCCUUACUCCAUCCCAUUGGGGGGGAAAUGUGAUGUACAUAUUACCUCAUAAUGAUUGUUUCUAGUUGGGAGUGCGUGACCAAACAGUGCUUUCCAGCAUAUAAUAAGCAUGUUGUUUUUUCCUCCCUAGCUAGCCGGAGUUGCCUUUCUUGGGGCUGGUCUUUGGGCCUGGAGCGAAAAGGUAAGAAAAAUGUGACUCUUUGCUAUAGAGAAUUGAGCCGCUUCUCAUUGAGGAGGUGCAAGGGGUCUCACACAGCACAUACACUCAUCCUUUACUCGUUGCCCUUUCUGUUGAAGGACAGAAAUCCCAACUAGCACUGCUUUUCUGCCUCCAGGCUUAUUUUCAUGAGUGUUCUGCAAAAUCAGCUACUUAUCUGGGGGGAUGCAAAGAGCCUUGCAGCAGAAUCCUGCAUAUAUCUACUCAGAAAGUCCAACAGGGUUCCCUGGGGCUUGGUUCUAGGGAAGAAGCCUUAGGUUGGAACCUUCUAUACAAUUCCUGGGAGCAAGUUCAUUUUGGCUUACUUCUGAAUACGCUGUCAGCUAGGCUUUUAAGUGGGGAAGCCAUGGCAUCUCAUCACUUCCACACCCAACCUGGGCUGCUGAUUUUGGUGGAGGUAAUAUCUAUCUCCUGCCUCCCUCUUGGGUGACUUUGGCCAUAUGGCUGUUACUGGGGCAGAUCUCCCGUGUUGCUUUGAAUCAAAGCUUGGGAGGGUAGAUACCUAGCUUCCUAAAUUUAUUGUUAGCUAGCAUGUCUUGCCUAAUUCUGCACCGGUUUCUCUUCCACCCCACCCCACCUGUAUGCGACGAGGUGCUGCAGAAGAGAUUUUGACACCAGGAAGUCUGAUACGGCAAAAUUAAGCAGCAAGGUUGGAAACGUAAUCUUGUGUCUGAAUACCAGCUGAAUACCUUCAGCUUCUAGGGCAGUGGUUCUCAACCUUUUUUUCUCUCUCUGAGCCACACUUUCAGAAAAAGAGCUGCUCAUGUCACACCGAAUUUUUUUAUUGAUAAGAAAUUCAUUGGGAAGCAAAAAGAAAGAACUCCUAGCUGUGCUUGAUUUGUAAAAUGGAACACAACUACUUUAUAAUAUGAUAAUGGGACGUCCAGAAAGUAUAAAACAAUGCAGCUACAUAAGAACAUGAAUCAUUAAAAACCCCCAACACUAAUUAUAAAAGAGCCUCUAACAUAUGUAUACCUUAAGUAUGUUUGAGAGGUGUGAACUUUCUUUUGCCAGGUAAUCUCAUUUAUAUUAGGCCUAAUUUGAAGCAAACACACAGAAGCCUUUCUCUUUUCUGCUCUUUCAUAUUUGACAGGGUUGUAAAUCCCUGCUCACAACAGUAUGUCGUGGACAACUGUAUAAGAGUAGCCCAUGCUCUUGCAGAGAGGCGUGGAUACUGUUUCUGGUUGUAUAUCCGAGAAAAAAUUAUUUGGAUUCUACACUGUCCUAUAGUACAUUGUUAUAUUUCUUUGUUUGUUCUUGAAUUUUCCUGCCACACUUGCCAUCCUCGCCUGCUGCUCCCUUUGAGCACCACUGCUUUAGUCCAGUGGCGGAGCUUCAUGCUCUGGCACGGGGGGGGGGUAGAGAGCAGGCGGGGGGUGUGGUGCACCACCCAUAGGGGCAGGGCGUGUAUCCUGGGGGUGUAGCGUGCCACCUGUAGGGGCGUGCUGCCCAGCAUGGGCAGGCUGGGCAGCCGCGAUGGCACCCCACCGGCAUCACGCUGCCGGGGGCGGUGCGCUCCCCCGCACUCCUCUUCCUCUGCCAGUGCUUUAGUCUAUAUGAAAAUUUAGUUUCAGCAAGGGAAAACCACAAGUUCUGUGUCUGAAUGAAAAAGCAGAGAUUCCUGCUCCCGCUUCUGCACUCCUGCUGCCUCUGUGGGGCUUGGUUUGACGAUGAUAAAGCACAGCCCUUUUGCCCAACAUCCUUUCUGAAUUCCUUGUGCUAAGGUAACCCCUUUUAAAAUGGGGCCCUCUUUUACAUGAUUGUAGGUUCUGAAUUUGUUAGACAUGCUGGCUGGCAGUUAACCAUAGGGUGAUGAUGAGAUUUGCAGGUCAGGGGGGGAAAGAAGGAGGCAAGGGGAUAUUUGGCGCAUUUACAUUUAACUUCUAAAUGAUAGGCUAUUUCUGAAGCUUCACACAAAAUGGGCAGAGUUCCAGAACAAAAAUAGUUGCUAUGGUACCCUUUCUCCUCCAAGGACUGACUUAACACACACACACACACACACACACACACACACACACACACGCACACGCAAGUUCUGUAGGAGGGAAGCAUCAUAUGGCUAUUACUCACACCAAAAAUCAGCAGCCCAGAUUUGGCCAUUUUAAUUGGGCAGGCUGUUGAUCUUCAGGGCCCUGGAACCUGAAAUUGUUUUCUUCCGCUUAGUAAUGACAAUGUUUUAUCACAUUUAAUGAGAGUGUUAAUGUUUUGGGCUUUGAGUUUUCUGGUUUUGCUAUUUGUAUUCAGCUGCUGAGUUUUAUUAGUUAGCCUGCUUUAUGCUACCCCUCCCAACCCCUCACCCAUAAACUGUUCCCAGGUAAAUAGUCUCAUGGAGAAAAUACAACCCGUGAACUGCUGAUCUUGGGAUACUUUGCUGCGAUUUGUUGCCACUCCAAAGGCACCUUCUGAACCAUUGCAACCAUAGAAAUUCCAGUGGAGUAUAUUCAGGCAGUGGGUUUAUCAAUGUAUCAUUAGGAGAGUGAGGCAGGGAUGAAGACAGGAAGAGAAGCAAUUCUGAAUGAGGAAAGGGGGUGUUCCAUAUCCAAACUGGGGGCAUUUUUACCUGUGAUAUUGUGAUAGGUAGUAUUCAAUGAUUCUUCAACACCAACUUCGUUGAACUGGUCGUGUUGUGCGGAUGCCUGAUUAUCGUCUUCCAAUUCAACUACUCUAUUCCGAACUUAAAAAUGGAAAGCGUAAUACUGGUGGUCAUCGAAAGAGGUUUAAAGACUGUCUCAAGGCAAAUUUUAAAAAUGUAAUAUAAACACCGACAACUGGGAAACACUUGCCUGCGAGCGCUCCAAUUGGAGAACAGCCUUUACCAAAGGUGGGCUUUGAAGACGCUCGAACUCAGGACGCAAGGGAGAAACAUGCUAAGAGGAAGGCACGCUUGGCAAAUCAACACUGUGAUCAACUCCUGCCCAGAAACCAAUGUCCCCACUGUGGAAGGACAUGCGGAUCCGGAAUUGGCCUCCACAGUCACAUAUGGACUCAUUGUUAAAACCGCUGUCAGCCCUCUGAUCCAACAGGGCUCUCCGUAUGCUCUCAUUCAUUCCAAAGAACUCUGUGGGCUGGAUCAAAAAGUGCCUUUCCGCUUGGGGGUGGUCCCUUUUGCUCACCAAAGGACUCCUGGAUAUUGCAAAGAGUUCUGCGUGGUAAAGGCGAACCCCAACCCCAAGGCGAACCCCAACCCAAGGUUGCUUUUCCACUUGUGCAAGGAGAAGAAUCACAAAAACCACUAUGGAGCAGCCACCCUGGUAUUAAAGGUUGCGCAAGGCUUUCCAGGGUGUUUCUUUUUUAUUGCCACUUCCUGUUAUUUGGAUCUCUGUGUGUGUUUUUUUAAAAAAAGCUCUUCGUGCCGCACAAAGGAAACGCUUGUCCUGUCUGCCCACCCAAUCUAUUCGAUGGUACCAGCUUCACCUUGCAACUGCCCCCCUUCUAAUGUUUUGGUAGCUGGUGACGUUGGUUUUAAAAGGAAACGCAAUGCUAAUUCCAACGGGAAUUCCCGCGAAGCAGCUCAUAUUUGAAUGAUGCUACAAAUCACUGAGAAAACUAUCUGCUCACAUUUCUUCUUAAAUUCUUUCUGAAACUCCUAGUCAUUGUGAUGUGUCAUCCCCCUCAAAGUUUCAUUUUUUUUUACUGAGGGCAUGUACCUGAUGGGAACACCUCAAACGCCUAUAAAUAAAGGCUUAUUUGAAAUGCAAAUAUCCAGAUGUCAGAAAGAUGAUAAUAAUAAUAAAUAAUAAUAAUAAUUAAUACCCCAGUGUUGCAGUAAACAGUUAUUACUUUGAUAGUUAUUUAAUCCAUCCAGAAAUGAUGCAGUUUUGUCUCAGGUGCAGCGAAAUGACUGCAUGGGGGUCUUAGGCUGGCAGCUGUGUCCAAAUCAGAAAUAAAAAUAAUUUUGCAACUCGUCAUUCUAUUAGUGCCACCUAGUGGAAGCCUGCUUGGCUGCAAGGUCCUUAGAUUGGUUGGCAGAACCUGAUAUUUAGGGACAUUUCCUGAUGACAAAGUGGGACGUGGGUGGCGCUGUGGGUAAAACCUCAGCGCCUAGGACUUGCCGAUCGCAUGGUCGGCGGUUCGAAUCCCCGCGGCGGGGUGCGCUCCCGUCGUUCGGUCCCAGCGCCUGCCAACCUAGCAGUUCGAAAGCACCCCCGGGUGCAAGUAGAUAAAUAGGGACCGCUUACCAGCGGGAAGGUAAACGGCGUUCCGUGGGCUGCGUUGGCUCGCCAGAUGCAGCUUGUCACGCUGGCCACGUGACCCGGAAGUGUCUGCGGACAGCGCUGGCUCCCGGACUAUAGAGUGAGAUGAGCGCACAACCCUAGAGUCUGUCAAGACUGGCCCGUAUGGGCAGGGGUACCUUUACCUUUACCUUUACCUGAUGACAAAUUCUGGAGUGUGUACCUGACAAAAGAGCUGAGGCCAGCCCAGGCUCCCUUCAUGCACAUAGCCAUUUGAAGCUAUUUAAAACAUAGUAAUUAAAAUUAUAGUAAUUGAAAUAUGGUAGGUAAUUAAAAAUAUAGUAAGUGAAAUGACCUUAAGUCUUAUUCAAAUAUUUUUCCUCGCGGAAUGCGGGGUUACUGCAAUUAAAUACCCUGUGAGGAGAUUGACGUAACCCCCACCCCUAACAUUUAAUGGAAAUUUAAUUGCACUGAGCCUUUUAUGCAUGCAAUGCAUAUCCUUCUAUGAUGCAGGCCUGCUUUUGAAUUGUGUUUUGAGGUAUAUGGUAUCCUUGCAGUACAAUGUUAGGAAGCUUUAAUUCAUUAACGUCGUAACUGAUUAGUACAAGGAGCAGGUUCUCACUCUCGUUUUUGCUCCGUUUUAGGGGGUGCUCUCUGACAUAUCCAAAAUGACCCGCCUCCAUGGCUUUGACCCCGUGGUCCUUAUCCUGUUUGUUGGCGGAGUAAUGUUCAUUCUGGGAUUUGCUGGCUGUGUAGGAGCCCUGCGGGAGAACAUCUGCCUCCUGAAAUUCGUAAGUAACUGGAUUGUUGGGUGUGUGUUUUGCUAGCCAGGAAGUGUCCCCAUCAGUCAGGAUUUGGGGUUCGUUUAUUUCUCUGUGCAAUUCUGGUAGAACUAGGUUAAGUGAAAGCAUCCUAAUUACAGCCAGUAGGUUAAUCAACACAUUUUAGAGAAUUUGUCUGUGAAGGACAGCAUUACUUGGUGGGCGGUGAAUUAAGGGAUGUUUUGUUUUGGUGGGGUUUUUUUUUUGCUUCUGGGGUCUUAGUGUAGCGUAGUGAAAAACAUUUCCUAACAUUGAGUGUUAGAAGUCUUUAAAAGGCUGUCUCCUAUAAUCUCAAGGAUUGUAUAAGAUUAGAUACAAUCAUAUUGUAAUAAACAAAAAUCUGCCCUUAUUCCCUUAUGGGGGACACAAGAGCCCUUAUAGAGUCCUUUGUAGGUUCUCCAUCGGUCAGAGAAAAUAACAGAGGCCAACCAGAGAAUAUUGAGAAGCAAAGCAGCUUGUAAGCCUGAUCUUUAUUGAACUGUUGCAACAGGCUGCUCCCGUCACACGCAGGAAAGGAGGAGAACCCAUAACAAAGGCGUGCCUGCCCUUAUAUAGACAUUUUAAAUUCCCUGCCCUGGAGCUCAAGACCAUGCCCCACAAACAUCAUACCUACAUCACAGAAAAGGCGGUCUACAACAGAAAUUUGAAUGUUCCUGUCUGCCAGGUUAUCUGAUAAUGCCUUAUCUGAUAGCCUUUCCUGGUAGUCUGCCCAUUCCUUUGAGAUGGUGAUUACCCACUUUCUGAGACAACGGGGAGGCUCCCCCACCCCCUCCCUCCUUGCAGAGAAAACAUUUGGUCAGUUUGGGAGUCAAAAUGGUUUCAGGGCGGUCUUGCUGUGCUGCUCCAGACAUGUGGUCCACAUAUCCAUGUACGCGCCUGGCCGGCACAUUGAUGAACAUUUAUUAUAUAUAUAAAACCUUAAAUUUUUAAUUUCAGUAUUUUUUUAAAAAACACAUUGAACCACCAUUUGUUUAUUUUAUUUACACCCCAUCCUUGCUCCUGGAUGAUCCCAGAGUGGCAGACACAGCAGUCAUAAAACUUUUUAAAAAGAACCUUAAAAACAUUGUCAGCAGGUGAUCUCAGGGUUGCUAGGAACACUGUCUUUUAGCCAUCAAAUGCCUGGGCAAACAGGAUUGUUUCUCUUGAAAGUUAGCAACGAGGGAGACAGACUCUAAUUCUGUCAGACUUGCCAGUAUUUGUUAUUGAGGUGUUAGCAAAAAGAAAGAAAAAGAAAAAGAGAACUUCUGGGUGUAUUUGCUGGGAUACAUUAACACUGCAUGACCUCAAACCUAGAGGAGAGUACUAGCAUCUCUUAGCUUCCGUGAAUGAGCAUUCCAUUCUCAAAAUUCUGUAACCGUCACUUUCAGCAUCAUUUUUAUCAGAGCAGCUUAAGAAGCCAGUAAGUUUUUGCUGUAAGAGUUUAAAAUUUCUGCUUUGCUAGCCACUGUUACCUAUAUUCAGAUUCUCUGCUAGCUCAUAUAAGCCUGGUAUAUGGGUUAUCAAAAAGGGUUACCUAUAUUUUCAAAUGCAUCUAUUUUGGACAGUCCAGUUUUCCCUGUCUUGUUUUUUCCUUAUUUCUUUGUCAAGUAUUGUGAAUUGCAUCACAGUGUUAUAUGAUUGUGUGUGUGUGUGUAUAUACUAAAUCGUGUGUGUGUUUAUAUAAAUUUAUAUGAUUUAGAUGAUGAUGAUGAUUAUAUCUAUACCACUUUAUAUUUUAAGGGGGGAAAUCCCAAAGCAGUUUACAAUACAUUAAAACAUCAAAUAAAACAACCCAGAGCAAAACAUUAUUGAAGAAAAUCAAAUAUAAUGUAAUACAUUCAAAGCCACACAAUAACCAGGAAACUAAAAUAUUACCGUAUUUUUCGCCCUAUAGGACGCACCGGCCCAUAGGACGCACCUAGUUUUCAGGGGGGAAAAUCAAGGAAAAAAUAUGAUCCCCCCCCCCACAGCUCUGGGAGCAGUGGACAGGCUGCACACAGCCUGUGCGCUACUCCAAGACCACCUCCCUGCUUUUGCGGGAGGUGGCGGAAUUCCCCCACCUCCCGCAAAAGCCCACAGGAGCCGUGGGGAAAAGCCCCCAAGAGCGGCACACUCUUUAAAGGGUGCGCGGCAUCCUGCAGGCUUUUCUACAAGGUGGGGGAAUUCGCCCACCUUGUAGAAAAGCCAGCAGAAGCCGCACAGCCUUUAAAGAGCGCGUGGCUUCUGCUUGCUUUUGCGGGAGGUGGGGGAAUUCCCCCAUCUCCCGCAAAAGCCCACAGGAGGGAGAAGGGACUGACUCGGCCAGUCAGUCCCUUCUCCCUCCUUGGGGAGAAGCCCCCACGAGCGACACGCUCUUUAAAGGCUGCACGGCUCUUGUGGGAUUUUCUAUGAGGUGGGGGAAUUCCCUCACCUCAUAGAAAAGCCUGCAAAAGCCACACACCCUUUAAAGAGUGUGCGGCUCCUGCGGGCUUUUCGACCCAGCUUGUGGGGCUGGAGAUGGGGGGAAGCGUUGCUUUCCCCCACCGCCAGCCUCAAAGACAGGUCGGAGAGUAGCGGGAAGGCGUCGCGCGCCUUCCCACUGCCCCCCAUCCUCUGGGGCUGGCGAUGGGGGGGAGCGCUGCUUUCCCCCACCGCCAGCCUCAAAGAGGAGACUCUCCUGGCUUCAGCGAAAGCAACGCGAAGCCUCCAGAGCGCAGGCUUCGGAGGCUUUGCGUUGCUAUCGCUGAAGCCAAGGAGUCUGCAUUCACCCCAUAGGAUGCACACACAUUUCCCCUUCAUUUUUGGAGGGGAAAAAGUGCGUCCUAUAGGGCAAAAAAUACGGUACCUUAAAAGAUUUCAAAAUAAAAGAAGUUGUAGAUAAAUUGUCAUUUUAAAACAGCAUAAUUAACAAAAGAAUAAAAUACUGCCAUAAGCAUAUAAUAUGUCUUCUGCGGUUGCUGCCCCUGGCAGUUCAUGGCAGAUGAUGACUGUGGAAGCUCAGGCUCAGUGUCCUGGGUUUGCACUAAGAGACAUCCAAGAUGGUUUCUGGCCACUUCAGCAGCCUUGGCUUUUGUAGCUGCAGUCAGUCAGAGCCCCACCCUCUCAGGCCAGGUGGGAAAUGGCCUGCAAGGUAGGGAGCAGGUCUUCCAGGACUCACAGCCAAUAUGGUCUUGCGAGCAGAUUUUUCAAUACAUUAGAUUAAGGCUGUCUAAAUGUUGAAAACAACCCCACCCCAAGUCCUGUGUAUUAGAGAGGAAGAUCAGUAGUGGUCUUUUGGUCAUGAUCACCGAUUGACUUCUUGAGGGAUUUCAAGGUCCCCUGGAACAUUGUUGGAGAACUACUGGCUUGCUUCUGUUUAGAGCAGAAACUCAUUCUCUCUCCAACCCCCCUUCUUUGUUUUGCAGUUCUGUGGCACGAUUGUGCUAAUAUUUGUUCUGGAGUUGGCAGCAGCUGUCCUGGCUUUCUUGUUCCAAGACUGGGUGAGGGACCGGGUGGAGACGUUUUUCAAGAACAACAUUAAGUCUUACCGAGAUGACAUUGACCUGCAGAACCUCAUUGAUUCGUUGCAGAAAAUGGUAAGUUGCUUUGAGAAAUCUGCUUGGACUUUUAAUUGGGAAAACAGUAGUGAGUUAGGGUCUUUAAAAAGUUCUUGAGAAAGAAAAUGAACUGCUUGUUGACCUGAACCAUGUACAGUGGUACCUCGGGUUACAGACGCUUCAGGUUACAGACUCCGCUAACUCAGAAAUAUUACCUCGGGUUAAGAACUUUGCUUCAGGAUGAGAACAGAAAUUGUGCAGCGGCGGCAGCAGGAGGCCCCAUUAGCUAAAGUGGUGCUUCAGGUUAUGAACAGUUUCAGGUUAAGAACAGACCUUCCAGAACGAAUUAAGUUCUUAACCCGAGGUACCACUGUAUUGGAUUCCCUGAAGAAUUUUACCAUGAAGGGUGAAUGGAAGUUGUGAUCUUCUAGAACAGGCUUCCUCAACCUCGGCCCUCCAGAUGUUUUUGGCCUACAACUCCCAUGAUUCCUAGCUAGCAGGACCAGUGGUCAGGGAUGGUGGGAAUUGUAGUCUCAAAACAUCUGGAAGGCCGAGGUUGAGGAAGCCUGUUUUAGAAGAUUUGCCCUAAUGUGUUGAAUAUGCAGGAACCAGUUUACAUGGAAGGGGUAUUCAGAUAUCUGACCACUUCUCUCUGCAGUCUUGAAUUCAGCAACACAUAUCUCACGUGAACAUACUGAUUGUACGCUUUAUCUCUUGACAUAAGACCUCUCUGUCCAGCAGCUGCGCCAGCCCAAUCAAAUAAACAGAAACAUAAAAUGUGCUCAUAGUUUAGUGACAAUGGGAAUCCUACAUAAUUCCCCCCCCCCCAAUGCUUCUGUGUAUGUUGUUCAUAAAACAGGUGUGAUAGUUGGGUUUGCCACCCUAGGGAGUGGCUGUACUAAAUCUUUCAGAAAAACAAAAAACAGUCUUUUUGAUUUCCAGGAUAUAAAAAUUACAAAAGAGAGAGAAAAGAAUACCAAAAACAAAGUCCCAAACUGCCCCCCUCUGGGACGGAUCGAUCUAGUUAAGUUUGCCAAAGUCCAAUCUGUGAUUUCGGUAGUUGCCGUUCUUCAUGAUUAUCAGUAAAUUAUUUUAUAAAAGGAUGCCCUGUUUCAACAAAAUCAUCUACAUCACCCAUAUGAUUCAAUGCAUGCAAUCUCUUUGUUGAUUUUUCUGAUACAGGUACUAAAUCCUUUGGUACAUCCCUAGUCUAACAGAGUGAUUUAUCUAUUGCAGAAUAACUGUUGUGGUGCUCAGGAGCCAAACGACUGGAACCUUAACAUAUACUUCAACUGCAGUAGCACAAGCAAGAGCCGUGAGAGAUGUGGCGUUCCUUUUUCCUGCUGCAUCCAAGAUCCUGCUGUGAGAUAUUUCCUGCCGUCUUAGUUCUGUAUUAAUACUGGCGCUCGGAAAAAGGAAGUGUUUCCUGAACUGAGCGCGUAAAAUGUCCUCUAAAGUCUCGUAUGUGUGCUGCUUCGCAAAGGCCCCUUCAUACUGAUUUAAAAUAAGAAAUUCAUCCAAAUCUUGGCAUGGUUGAUAAGCUAUAUUGACACCCCUAUUUUUCCUCUCUCUUCAGCAAAAGGUUGUGAACACACAGUGUGGCUAUGAUGUAAGAAAUCUGGUGAGUAUUUUUGAUAUUACUGUUUGUUUCAUAUAUCACCGCCCUACCUCCCACCCCCAGUUUUGCUUUCCCACAAGGGAUUAGGAGCUAGGGCCACUGUGAAAGAAGCAUCAGGCAAUUAAACUUGGUAAAUUCUUGAUGCAAGAAAGUAGAAUAGCAGGCAAGAAGGGUCAUGCCACAUCAGUAGCCUUUUCAGAAGUAUGUUGGAAACGAUAGUUGGCCAAGGCUAGUGUUUUCCCAAUACAGUCAUACCUUGGUUCUCAAACGGAAUCUGUUCCGGAAGUCGGUUCGACUUCCAAAAACCAAGGCACGGCUUUCGAUUGGCUGCAGGAGCUUCCUGCACUCAACUGGAAGCUGUGGAAGCCGCGUCGGAUGCUUGACUUCCAAAAAAAUGUUCGCAAACCAGAACACUCACUUCUGGGUUUGCGACGUUUGAGUCGCAAGGCGCUCGAGAACCAAGUUACGACUGUAUUUCUUUGUUAUAUGCCCUUGGCAUGUACUUGCAAUUUGGAGGAGUUUCUGGUCUCCCAAGUCUCCAUCCCAGUGUGCUGUUAGCAAACUGGAAAUGACAAUAAAAUAACAGAACAUGGGUUUUUUUUGGUGCACUAAGAUGUUCAGUUCUUUCUUGCAAUGUAUGAGUAGCAGGGGCUGUCUGCUUCUCCAAAUUCCUUUCACUCCUAUUAGGACUGGACAAUAGAACCAUAUGUCAUCCAAAACCAGUUUAAAGUCCAUAUUGUGAUACUGGUUUUAUAGUUUUUGACCUGGCAAUAUAUCGUGAAUCGCGUGUGUGUGUGUGUGUGUGUGUGUGCGCGCACGCGCUUUGUAGAAACUGCAAUGUGGGAAAAACUGAAGCCAGCUUAUGCCUCUACAAAGCUCCAUCCUUAUUUCAGACAUUGUGAUGUAUCUGUAUAUCACAGUGUUUGGGAGCUAUACAAAGUAGCCUUGGACAAAUUACACCCUUACCUGUAAGAUAUCAGGUCAAAUCAGCCUGGUGAGUCAAGAUUGGCCCACAGGCCAGAGGUUGCUCACCCCUGGUCUAGAGAUGAAGGUUUCUUCUCUUGCCUCAGCGAACAGCACGACCCUGUCAAAGGUUGAAGGGGGUCUGGAAGUGUAAGUGGAUUUUUAGUGUAAUUUACAACGGACACUACAAACACAGGGAAUCAUUUCCCAGUGGAAAAUGUGAUUAUCCUGUAAAAAAAGAAGUGCAGAAGCAGAAACAACUAUUGAAGUACUGGUGUCUGUUGGAAAUUUUGUUAUGGUUGAGUUUGAAUAGCAAAUUGAUUAGUCAGACAAUACAAUAUGAUCUUUAUUAGUAUGAAAUCCUUUUCUUAAAAAGUGUGUGUGUCGGGGGGGACGGGACUUAUUUGACGUUUGUCUUCCCUGCAAAUGAUGAUAAAUGUUGUGUUGAAAAGAAACAAUUAGGAUGUUGCCACAGCUAAGUGUAAAUUUCUGUGGGCAUUACAACUUUCCUCACAGACUUGAAGUGGGCUGCAACUUAUGAAUGCAUAGUCAACUGUCAUAUGCACAAGGUCUUGUUUGGAGGCAUUUAUUUGUGGGUGUCUUAGCAAUUAAUUUUCACAUGUUACAUUGGUCACGUUACAUUAGUCACAGGUCAUAUGUCAGAAAACAUUUUUUCCACAGUUCCCAAUAAACAUUACCAAAAGUUUGACACAUCCCCAUAUUAGCUCUUUAUGAAUAUUGUAGCAGGUGGAUUAUAUUCAUUGAUACUUUUAGAGAAACCAAUUCUCCAAGUUACAGACAAAUUCCUGAGGUUACAUCAGUCAUAUCUUUUAAAACACAAUCAAAAGAAAGCCUUUUUAAACUACCUGUGACAUACUUCUUUAUUCUUUCUGUAGCCACAAAGCUAAAGAGGUGGCAGAAUAAGGUUUUCAUUGGUUAUCUUUCACUGUUACAGUGAAGACAGCAAGAGAGCAAAAAUAGCAGAAUAGAUUAUGCAAAGUAAGAGAUUUUGCCAUUUGUUACCGGUUGUAGAACCUAGCUUUUCUAGGUGCAAAAUUUUAAUUGGUUUUAGUUCAGCCCUGCCCAUAGCAAGGAGAUUCUAGUUUUGUUGUCCUUGCUUUUCUUAAAAAUGGAGGUAGUAACAAAAAGAAAAUACACGUGAAAUUCUCUCUCUCUCUAUCCCUCUCCCGACUCUUUUCUAUUUUCUCUUUCUAGCCUGUAUCCGCUUGGGGAGAACGAAUUUACACCAGGGGCUGCAUCCCUGCUCUGGAAGCUUGGUUGCCCCGGAAUAUUUACAUCGUGGCAGGAAUUUUUGUGGCAAUUUCAUUAUUGCAGGUGAGCUCCUGUUGGCCUGUUGAAGCAGCAAAUAAUAUUUCUUACCCAGUGAUUAGAUCUGUCUACUGUUACAGUGUUUGGGUGAUGAAGAAUUGUUAGAGACAAAUAUUUGCGCAAAAGAUACCAUUUGGUGAUCUCAUGAAUAGAGUUGCUAGCUUCAGAUUUUAAAAAUAGCAGCUCAAGGAGUGGAACCUGAGUAGAAUUUGGCAAGUCGGGGACGAGACCAUAGCAGCACCUAGAUUUUCAUUGGCUUUCCAGAUGCCUGAUUGUUGCCACCCUAACAGAAAAAGUUUUACUGGUUGGACCAGUAAAAUCCAGACUGGUUAGUAGCCUGAGUGUGUUAUUCUGUUCCUCACCCCCACCUGCCCGCCCCCUUAGAUCAAGAAAAUUGCCGUAUGUUUUGGUUUGAGUGUUGUUCUGUUCCCUACCCCAUAUCCUUGUGCAGCUGAUAAUGGUCUUCUAAAGGAAAAUAGAGGAAUGAACGUGUUGUGUUGACUGAGCAGUUAUGCUCACAAAUCUCAGUCUUGCAAAGCAAUUGUAAUAGUUUUCCACCUUGAAAUGUGGGCAGUGCUUUUCAAUAGAAGAAAGCAGCACAAACCUCAUUGGUUCCAAACCAGUUAAAGGCCUAACCUAUUUUUCCAGGGCUAAAUAGUUCUGCAGUAUCCCAGCACUAUUGACGAGGACUUGUUAUUUCCAGGCUAGUUUGAAACAGGCUAGCAAAAGAACCUGAAUUUGCACUGUUUUGUUAUUUUCAUAACAGACCGCUAAAACAUUUUCUUUCUUAUAAAUAGUGCUUGUUUUGUCUGUCUUUUCUUCUUUGUUAGAUAUUUGGGAUUUUCCUGGCCAGGACACUGAUUUGUGACAUUGAAGCUGUGAAGGCAGGUUACCAUUUCUGA